GAAAAUUGAUUGCUGAGCGGUAUACAUCUGAAGAAGGAUGCUUUGUCAGAUGAGAUUGGAAGAUUUAGAAGAAACUAUAAUUCCAAGGUUAAAAAAAAAUUUACCUAUGCACAUACACAUAAUAUUGUGCACAACUGCAGAGGUGGCUUCUAGAAUCUUCUGAAGCCUAUCUUCUAGCAGGCCAUGGACUCCAUGGACUCCAAAGGAAGAAUGCAGACGAUCAAAUGUGUGGUUGUGGGAGAUGGGGCUGUAGGUAAGACCUGCCUCCUCAUCAGUUACACAACAAAUGCCUUUCCUGAGGAGUAUAUCCCCACUGUCUUUGACAACUAUAGUGCCCAGACGUCUGUGGAUGGCCAGAUUGUCAUCCUGAACCUCUGGGACACAGCUGGCCAAGAAGAGUAUGACCGACUGAGAACACUCUCCUACCCCCAGACCAACAUCUUCGUCAUUUGCUUUUCCAUUGGCAACCCAUCUUCUUAUGCCAAUGUGAGGCAUAAGUGGUACCCCGAGGUGUCCCAUCAUUGCCCCAAUGUACCUGUUUUGCUGGUAGGCACCAAGAGGGACCUGCGAAGUGACCUUGAGACAGUGAAGAAGCUAAAGGAACAGAGCCAAGUGCCCACAACUCCUCAGCAAGGCACUUCCCUGGCUAAGCAGGUGGGGGCUGUGAAAUAUCUGGAAUGUUCAGCCCUGAUGCAUGAUGGGGUCCGUGAGGUAUUUUUGGAAGCCAUCCGGGCUGUGCUUUACCCUGCCACAAAGAAGAACACCAAGAAGUGUGUCCUCUUAUAGCUUUUGGGAUGCUGCUUGGGGACUGCGCCUAUGGAGAAAAAAGGGGAAAUUCCCUUGAUAGCAUUUAA